CAGGUGUGCAACGUGAUGGAGCCCACGCAGCAGAACAAUUGGCUACAGACUGGCUGGGUGGCGCGCCGAGGCGGUCAACGCAUCUUUGUGGAGCUCCAGUUCACUCUUCGGGACUGCAACAGCAUCCCUGGUGUAGCAGGUACCUGUAAGGAGACCUUCAACCUCCUCUACGUUGAGUCAGACAGGGACCUUGGUGGUAUCACUCGAGAGGACCGCUACAUCAAGAUUGACACCAUCGCUGCUGAUGAGAGCUUCACACAGGGCGACCUGGGUGAGAGGAAGAUGAAGCUGAACACGGAGGUGCGCGAGAUCGGCCACCUCAACCGUAAGGGCUUCCAUCUGGCCUUCCAGGACGUCGGCGCCUGCGUGGCGCUUGUGGCCGUGCGGGUGUACUACAAACGGUGCCUCGCAACCGUCCAGAACCUGGCAGUCUUCCCCGACACAGUGGCUGAGGCAGCCUUCGCCACGUUGGUAGAGGUGCGCGGCACCUGCGUCAACAACUCUGAGGUUGACACAGAUAGCCCUCCCAGGAUGCAUUGCAGUGCCGAGGGGGAAUGGCUGGUGCCCAUUGGGAAGUGCAGCUGCAGCGCCGGCUACGAGGAGGGACACAGCAGCUGUGAAGCAUGUCCCCCUGGAUCAUACAAGAUGUCCUCCAGGCAGCAGGAGUGUUUUCCCUGCCCAGCCAACAGUGUCGCAGAGGAGGAAGGAUCUGUGGUGUGUUUGUGUGAAGAAGAUCACUUCAGAACCCCCCUGGACACACCCUCAGCUCCAUGCACACGUCCCCCCUCCCCACCUAGAGACUUGGUCUACACCCUGAAGCAGUCCACGCUGAUCUUGGAGUGGGCUGCACCAUCCGACACAGGAGGCAGAGUGGAUCUGACCUACAGCGUUGGAUGCCGGCGGUGUGUUGGGAGGCAGUGUGAGCCGUGCGGGGCAAGCGUUGGCUUUGUGCCUCAGCAGGUCGGCCUGACAGAGAGGACUGUGACAGUGGUCAACCUUCUUCCCAACACCAACUACACUUUCACCGUCGAAGCUUUGAACGGAGUGUCAGAGCUGCUGCCUAACAAGAGGUUCUACACCCAGGUCAAUGUGUCAACAAGUCUGCCCGCACCGUCUCUAAUCAGUGAGCUGCGAGCAGAGAAGAUCGAGCAGAAGAGCAUAACAUUGGUGUGGAGGGAGCCUUCCUACCCGAACAGCAGCAGGACUGAAUAUGAGGUCAAAUACUAUGAGAAGGAACAAAAGGAUCAGAGUUAUUCUACUGUGAAGACUGCCGCCACACGGAUCAGUGUCAACAACCUCAAACCUGGCACCACAUAUGUCUUCCUCAUCCGCCCGAUCUCCACGCCAGCUCCCUCCUCAUCCCUGUCCUCCUCGCCUCUCUCAUCCUCGUCUUCUUCAUCUUCUUCCUCAUCCUCGUCUUCUUCAUCAUCAUCAUCAUCAUCAUCUUCCUCGUCCUCCUCCUCGUCCCCGCCGCCCAUCGACUAUGGAGCAUACAGUGCCCCCCUGGAGCUGCAGACACUUGGCGAGUUGGCGUUGGCGUCCAGUGAGCAGAGCCCAGUGGUGAUCAUUGUCGUCGUGUCUGUGGCUGCCCUCAUCAUGCUGCUCUCCAUGGGAGUGGGACUGCUCAUCUGGAGGAGCGUCUGCUCGAGCUCCUCCAAUGUUACUCCUGCUAGCGUGGUGCUGCUCUCGACCUCCUUCUCCACUCUUCCUCCUCCUCCUCCUCUUCUCUCUCCUCUUCCUCCCUUCACACAGCUGAUGCCCAGACAAUGCGGCUACAGCAAAGCUUCUCAGGAGGGAGACGAGGAACUUUACUUCCAGUUUAAGAUCCCAACACGGAGGACCUACAUUGACCCAGAGACCUGCGAGGAUCUGCUGCAGGCCGUUCAUGCCUUUGCCAAGGAGCUGGACAACUCGAGCAUCAAGAUUGAGAGAAUUGUGCACACAGGCGACUUUGGGGAGGUGUGUCGCGGCUGCCUGAAGCUGCCCAGUAAGAGAGAGCUGCCGGUGGCCAUAAAGACGUUAAGGGCCGGCUGCUCUGAGAAACAACGCCGCUCCUUCCUCAGUGAGGCCGGUAUCCUGGGGCAGUUUGACCACUCCAACAUCAUCCGACUAGAGGGAGUCAUUACUACUGGUAACACCAUGAUGAUCAUAGUGGAGAGCAUGUCUAAUGGAGCCUUAGACUCAUUCCUUAGGAAACACGAAGGCCAGUUGAGUGUAAUGCAGCUGAUGGAUAUGCUGACCGGUGUGGCAUCAGGAAUGAAGUACCUCACUGAAAUGGGCUUCGUCCACAAACGGCUGGCAGCACACAAGGUGUUGGUUAACUCCAAUUUGGGCUGCAAGGUGUCUGGAUUCAGACCUCUUCAGGAGGACAAGAUCGAGGCUAUCUACACCACACUGCAUGGCGGGAAGAGUGUGGUGCUGUGGACCGCUCCAGAGGCCAUCCAGUACCAUCGCUUCUCUUCAGCCUCAGAUGUCUGGAGCUUCGGAAUUGUCAUGUGGGAGGUCAUGUCCUAUGGAGAGAGACCCUACUGGGAUAUGGGCAACCAGGAUGUGAUCAAAGCCAUCGAGGAUGGUUUCAGGCUGCCAGCUCCAGUUAACUGCCCUCCACAUCUCCAUCAAUUGAUGUUGGACUGUUGGCAGAAGGAAAGGACAGAGAGACCCAGCUUCAGUCAGAUCCACUCAGCCCUCAGCAAGAGCAUUCGCUCGCCUGAUGGCAUUGGUUCCUCCACACUGGCACGCAGGACCCUAAGUUCAUCCAUUACGCUAGCAGAGAGGCCUCUACCCUCCUUCCCAUCAUUUAACUCGGUAGGAGAGUGGCUGGAUGCGGUGGACAUGGGCAGAUACAAGGACAACUUCACUGCUGCAGGAUACUGCUACUUGGAGUCUGUGGCACGAAUGACUGUACAAGAUGUACUGAGCCUUGGCAUCACUUCCCUGGAGCACCAGAAGCUGAUACUGGCUGCCAUCCAGACACUCAGAGCCCAGGUCAUCCAAAUGCACGGCCGCGGUGUGCAGGUCUAAAAAAAACAAAAAAAAA